AAAACAUUCGAACAUGUAUUAUUAUUAUUAUUAUCAACCGGUAAUAAAAUUAGCUUAUAUUUGGCAAACGAUCAAUGUUGCCAUCACGGUGUCGGCAUUGAUUUGUUUGAAAUAUGACGACAAUCCUAUGAUAAUCGUUGGAUACAAAUCAUGGAUAAAGUAUAGGAAUCAAAAUGAAUUAUUGGAUGAUGGUGGCUAUAAUUAUCAUCCAUAUCGUCUAUAUAUGAUAUUUUUGGCCACAUAUACAGCAUUUACAGCCAUCAUUAUGGCAAUGUAUUUAUCAUUUAUGUUUGUACGACGUAUUUUUCGACGAUUCUCAUCAUUUUGGUCAAUACACAAGAUGUUGAUAACAUAUUCAUUCAUUUUUGAAACCGAUUGUAUAUGUAAUUUUAUUUGGAAUAUUAUUGAAAAUGGUGAUCAAGUGAUCAAUACUAUUGGUAUUGAACAAGAAUGGAUUAUAAUCAAAACAUUAAUCAUUGCCAUUUGUCGUUGGUUUUUAUUAAUCAUAUCAACAAUGUUUACAUUUGGUUAUCUAAAACGAUUAAUGAUUUCUGGCCGAUAUCGUCCAAAAUUUGGUUGGUUUUCACAGAAUCUAUGUGAUUAUCUUAUCAUUCGUUAUCUAUAUUAUUGUUAUCAUCAUAAUCAUAUGUCAAAUUGGUUAUUACAUUGGACAUUUACAAUGAUCAUCUUUUGUUUUUAUUUUGUUGACAUUCGCCCACUUGUAACUAUUUUCCGUAAGACAAUUUAAAUUCUGAUUUUUUUUUUGGAGUUUCCUAAUAUAUCGUCCUUCUUUGUGUUAUUUACUAUCACAUGAAGAAAAAAA